CGUUGCAUUUGGUCGUCUCGUCUUUUUGUGUGACGUGUUUCGAUGGCUGGCUGUGAAUGUCUCGCCGUGCUGGUGCAGUUGGUGCGGAGAUGAGUUGAAUCGGCGUUCCUAAUCAACCAGCGCCGACACUAUGUCGGCGACUGGCAUGUUAGCCGUUGCUGUCACGCUGCUGAGCUUCGUCGUACCCUUCGCUAGCUGUCACGGAAAAGCAGAGCACUCGCAACGAGGCCGUCAACAGGAACUCGAAGUCGUCGGCCGAAUCCUGAGUGUCUUCGCGAAGCAAGAGAAAGAUCCGUGCAUACCACGCGGGCGCAUCCUAGCUAUCAUACGGACUGAAAAAACCAGGUACAGCACCAAUUUGUCCAUCAUAAUGGUGUUCAUAUCCAACCUCGUCUUGAUGUUCAACCUCUUUGUCAUGGUGGUGACACGGUACCUGCGCUACGACAUUCGGAACAGCAUCGGCCAGCUCCUCCGAGAGGCCGCCAAUGAAGACAACAUCUCACUUGUUCCAAGCUCCUUUUAUUAACCAAUCAGAAAGGAGACACUGUGAAAGAUUGGAACAACUACAAUACAGAGGUUUUACUCGUGCACUGCAGUUGGUGGAACUGUGUGUACAGGGUGGUAAUGUGUAUCAUGUGCGAUACCAGCAGUAUAAGUAGUAGCAGCAGUUGUAAUAGCAACUCUUUUUUUUUCUUAACCUUAACAACACUCAUUACCCCUGCGCUUGCGUGGCACCAUUUACGUCAGGAACAUGACAACAAAAGUUUAAUAAAAAAUGCAGCAACUUAUAAAAUGGUCUCACUAAUGUGUACACAUAAAAAUAAGAAAA